AUGAGUGUUGUCUACGAGCCUCGUAGCUUCAUGCACGACCCCUCCUAUCCCCCGAUCGGAGAUCCCGACCAGGACCAUGACGUUGAUACCCGUCUUCAAUACGCUUCGCCCGAUGUCUCUGGCCUAGACGCCUACAAUCCAUCAGCCUCGAUGCUCGGCGAUGACCGCUCCAUCAUAUCUGAUGCGCUGGGUGGCGAUGGAGUUUUGGUUACCGAUGCUGGCGAGCUCACGCUGCCUCCCGCUCCGACCAUGGCGACCCUAGCCUCCCAGAUGCCCGAAACUUUACCCUCGAACGGCGGCAAGGACGAUUUGGACCAUGGCGCAUCAUCUCUGCGCAGCAAAUGUAUACCAAAGCCGGAUCGCGAGGUUCAUAAGCAGGCAGACGGAAAGUUCUACUGCACGUUCCCUGGAUGCACCGAAGACACACAGGUCUUCGGUCGCAAGUGCGAAUGGAGCAAGCACAUGGACAAACACGAACGCCCGUACCGAUGCGCCGCUGAGGGUUGUGAGAAGCUGCCCGGAUUCACCUAUUCCGGAGGUCUUUUGAGACACGAGCGCGAGGUCCACGGGAAGCACGGCGGUCCCAAGAACACUGUCAACUGCCCACACCCCAACUGCAAGAGGCACACAGGCAAGGGCUUCUCGCGGCAAGAGAACCUCAAUGAGCACCUCCGCCGAGUACACACGCAGGACGGUUCGACACCCAUCGGCGACGACAUUGCCACCAGCGAUGGCGACAGCGAGAAGGCCGGACAGAAGCGCAAGCGCUCGCGGAAGAACUCGGCGUCAGACCCCUAUGACGAUCUGCGCGAAGAGAUCAAGCGCGUACGCAUGGAGAACGAGGAGCUGCGCGACCAGAUCGACCGGCAGUCGCAGCACAGCCUUGCCAUGAUGGCGCAGAUCGCUGAGUUGCAAGAGACGCUGCGCGGUGGCAAUCUUGAUGUUUCUGGCCUUGGCGUCGACACGUCUGUUCUGAACGCCCCCACGGCUUCCAUGAUGUAG